AUGGCGUUCGACGACUCCAUACGCCGCAGAGAACGCCCGCGCCGCUCCACCGGGGGUUCUGAAGCUUACUUUCAGCCGCCUCAACGUGCAAGGCGAGAGUUAACACGCCGCGAUUUCCUCAAUGAGAGCGGAGACGAAUUCGUCCACCGCCGGGAAUCCAAUGAUGAAGCUGAGCCAUCUUUAGGGCCAAUGAUACUUCGCAGCCGGGAUACUAGAUCAUCCCCUCCCCCCAUAUUGCGGCAACGACGGACCUUGGGCAGAAAAAGCUCAGGGGCUGAGCUCACGACAGAGGAAGCCGUCAUCACGGAGUCUCCCACUGCUUUUCAUCAUGCGGCCUCUUCAGAUGACGAUGAUCGGACUACACGUUUUAGAAGGCGUAGAGAUUACGACGAACAAGACGACUCUCGCCCUGCCAGGGAGGAGAUCAUUAUCGAGAGACGGGAUGAGGAUGAGCCGCGAGCGCGGGCACGAUAUGUCGAUGCCGAAGAAGACGGGUAUCUCCGUCCCAUGAGCCCCAUCGUUGAAGACAUUGAUGCGUUUGACGACUUUCACUUUGUCUUUCCAGCAGAGGAUCCAUCAAAGGAUGCCGAACUGUCUGACCUGGACACCCCAACAACAGAGAGCGAAUCGACACAAAAAGUCGAACGGCCUCUUUCAAACGUCAUCACUGCCCCUGGGAUUUAUUCUUCCAGCUACUCUGGGACAGCGGAGCUUGGGGCUCAGCACGAUGUGAAUUUGACAUUUCUACACGACCCCAGGGGCCAAAAGCAGCCUCUGUUCCGAUGGUUACAUGUUCGCCAAGACAUAAUGAACUUUGACGCAUUCUGGGUCCAAGUAUCGCGCCAAAUCCACUUUCGCGAUGCUGAAAGAAAGGCAGUGGCUAACCUGCAAGCCGAAGUUAAGCGGCAGUGCGUCAAGACUCGAUACAAUCCCCAAGGUGCAAAAGUAGGUUACAUGGAGCCACGAUGCAUCCAGACUCCGAUACAAUCGUCCAAUAAGAAACCUUCCGAGGACUCACAUGCAGCCAACUGGAUCUGUAUACCGUAUUUUCAUCUACAGCAAUAUUCUGAAUCCGUCUCAACUUCGAAUACGGCACUAUUCCCGGCUCAGACUUUACUCCAAUCCCAAUACUCUCGCAGUGGCCAACAGAGAGACAUGGACCAAGCAGCGUUUAUCUCCCACUUUCGUGCCUUUUGGCCACGGAAACUCGAAUUUUGGCGCAAGGAUCGUCUGUUGGCAGCGGAAAACUGGGCAAAAAUCUUGAACCUAGCCGAGGGGCAACACGGUGAUGUGAGGUUGAAGUUAAAGAUUGCAGAUGCACCCGAUCUGUUACGAACAUUUCUGAAACAGGAUGCAACGGCCAACAAGGCAUCACAAAAGUGCCCCGAACAGUCAGCAGCCGCGCCAGAAUCGCUCCACGUUUUCACACUGUUGUCGAAGAGUGCAGACUCAUCUAACGAUUCCAUUCUCAAGGACCUUCAGGAACAACUAUCGGCGGCCGAGAAGUUCUUGACAGAAAAGACUUCUUACACGGCACAGAGAGAAUAUAAAAGAUGCGAACUCAUGACGAGGGACGGUGUUAAUGAGCAACUCGAAAAACUAGGUACCCGCAUUGAAGAGAAAAAGAGCGAUAAAGUCCGCCGCUCAUAUGAGGAAAGGCUCGACGUCUUCAACAUAGCCGACACGUUGUUUCAACUAUUCUUUCCUCUCACGUUCCACGGUCCUACAACGGGUAAAUACUGGGGUGCUCUAAGCAAUAAGAUGAGGAUGCCUGAACUUGACGAAGAUGAUGUUCACAUGUAUUCAACUCCGGUUUCAACACUCAAAAGCACCCUCUGGGAGUUGGCCCAGGACAUACAAUCGUUUCAGAAUCUCAUGUCCUUUGCGGGCAAGGAAGACCGCGCCGCCAUGGAACUGCCCCAUGAACUUGUGACUGCGUGGCUGCACAUUGUUUUCGGCCUGACUUAUGCCUAUGAGGUCGGCUGGUACAAUCAUAUGACAAAGGCAAAGUCGCUGCUGAAAGAAGGGAUGCAGAAAAUGGUUGAAAGCAUUUCCGCCCAAAAUCUCUUGGACAGGGCUGUCAUGCAGCCAACAGAAGUCAUGUCACUGAUAGCGCUCAACCUCUUGCAUGACGACGUGGGCAAAUAUGAUGAUAUUUGUGAUACAUACUCGCUCUAUCUCAAUUCCUUGGAUACGGACAUUACAACAAAGGCCCCCAGUCGGACGUAUCAGCAUCGUAUUGAUCUUGUCAACCAAGAAAUGACUGCCAUUAAGCGAAAUCUAUCAAGACAGAGAAAUAUAAUAGCUAUGCUGAGAAACAGAACUAGCAUUACAGACGGAAACUUCAUGUUCUUGAACGAACUCGAGACGGCUUCCAAGUUGUCGUCGACGGACAUGGGAGGGUUUCGAAGCCUCUUUCUGGCUGACUGUGCCAACCUCGUUGACCAGAGAGAGUACGAAUUCCGGCGGAACACGGAGUAUGCGGAGGAUCUGGAGCGAGAGAUUACGUACAAGAUGGAGUGGACCAAAGACAGGCAAGAGAACGCCAUCUACGCCUUCACCUUGGUCACCAUCAUCUUCCUGCCGCUGAGCGCCAUCUCGAGCAUCUUUGGCAUGAACACCAACGACAUCCGCAACAUGGACUUUGACCAGUGGCUGUAUUGGGUGGUGGCCUUGCCCGUCACGGUCAUCAUCAUCAUUGCCGGCCUAUGGUGGAUGGAUGAGCUCAGUAACGCAACGGACUGGCUCGUUGGCAAACGCUGGCGCUCAUCAAAGGGGGCCUCGCGGUCAUCUGGAUCAAGUAUGGAUUACGACUCGGUGAGCCGUGCCAGCGAGGACGUGCCGGCUACCUACCGCCGAUCUCGUUAUUCACGUCCGACUGUGCGGAAAUAUGCGGAAACAAUUGAGGUUCCCGUGGCUAGUAUGCCGCCGCCGCGAAGACGGAGGACAUCUUUUUACAAGUACUGA